AUGGAGCAACAAAUCCAACUGGCUGUUGAUAUUGCGCUUAGCGGUACAGCAAAUCCAAAUUUGAAGACCCAAGCAUUUGAAUUCAUCAAUCAAAUAAAAAGCACAGAAGAAGGAUACAAAUCAUGUGUGGAAAUAUUGUUGAAGUCAACCACUUCGUCCAUCAAUGAAGGAUUAAAAUUCUUUGUUUACCAAGUCAUCGAUGAAAAUAUAGAAAAAUUAAGUAGCGAUCAACUAUUCACAUUAAAUACUCACCUUUUCGAAAUAUUAGCCAAGUAUAUCUCCAAUAAUGUCAGUGAUCCAAUAUAUUUGAAAAAUAAAUUAUCUCAAAUAUUUGCCAAGUUAUUCUGUUAUGUUUAUGUCAACGUUUAUCCUAGUUUUAUCAAAGACUUACAUUCCAUCAUAUCUUCCAAUGAUCAAUACGCUCUUGAUUACUAUACAAGAAUCAUUAUUGGUAUUCAUUACGAAAUAGGGGAUAAAUUAACAAAUAAAAGUCAAGAAAUACUUGACAGAAAUACUAUCUUGAAAGAUACUGUAAGAGUAAAUGAUAUGAAUGCAUUAGUAAGUGUUUGGGCUAAGAUUUUAACUAACACUUCCAAUUCAUCUCAAAUUUUAAACAAUACCCUUGCUAUAGUUGGACAGUAUAUUAGUUGGAUGGAAAUUGGAUUAUUUAUUUCAAAUGAUUUCAUUAAUAGUAUUUUCCAAUUUUUAAAUAAAAAAGAUCAAAGAAACGAAACUUGUGGAACUUUAAUCGAAAUCAUUUCUAAAAAGAUGAAACCAAGUAAUAAAUUAGAGUUGAUUUCCCUUUUAAAUCUUACUUCAGUUAUUAACUCCAUAGACGCUAGUGAGGAUGAUAUUGAUUUCGAUAUUAGUAUCUCUAAAUUAGUCAACCAAGUAGGUAUAGAAUUACUCAUUGUUUUAGAAAAUGACCAAACAUUGUUUACUCCAGUUCAAGAUCAAUUCUUUAAACUCUGGCCCUUAGCUUUCAACUUUCUCAGUCAUGAAUAUGAUGACGUUUCACAAGAAAUAUUUUCCUUCAUUCAACAAUACUUAUUAUUAGGAAAGAAAAUAAGUGGAUUAGUUUCAAUAGAGUUAAUGUCCACAUUACUUAAUAAAGUCAUUCUUAAAAUGAAGUAUGAUGAAAACUCUGAUGGUAUUGAUGAUGACGAAGACGAACAAUUUCUUGAAAUAAGAGCCAAAUUAAAGACUUUCCAAGAUACUAUUGCCGUCUUAAAACCAGAUUUAUAUUUGGAAGCUAUUCCUGUUGUUAUUAAUGAAUCAGUAUUCAAGACCACCAAUGACUGGAGAAGAAUAGAGUUAGGAUUAUUUGAAUUAAACAAUUUUUCAGAUAGUUUAAGAAAUAAUUUGAUUAAUGUUCCUAAAAAUGAAAUCAAUCAAAGUAAACCAUAUUCUAUCUUUCAAGAAUUUUUAAUAAAAUUAAUCAAUUCAAAUAUAAUCAUUGAAAAUAAUCAUCCUAAAGUUCAAAUUGAAUUUUUUGAAAUUAUCGUCAAGCAUUAUAUCUUUUUGACAUCUCAAUCUAAUCAACAUGAAUUAGUGGUGAGAAUAUUGGAAAUCUUUACUAGUCCAUUUGGGUUAACUAAUGAAAACGAAAGAGUAAGAUUAAGAAGUUGGUACUUAUUCUUUAGAUUUAUUAAAUUAACUAAACCAUCAUCCAACAGUGUUGCAUUUGUUGAGAAUAUUAUUAGUAAAUUAAGACCAUUAAUGGUGGUUAAAGCUGAAUUGCCAACAACUGAUGAAGAUGGUAAUGUUGUCGAUAAUGGAAAUUUCAAUAAUCAAUUAAAUUUGUUUGAAAGUAUCGGUUUGUUAAUUGCACUUUUAAAUAAUGAAAAUCUAGAUCAAAAACUUAGAUUUAUUGAUAUGGUGUUCGAACCUUUAUUCAAUGAUUUAGACCAAUGUAUUAGAACUUCUGAUGCUGCAACUCAACCAUUAGUAGCUCUUCAAGCUCAUCAUUCAUUAAUGGCAAUUGGAACUUUUGCAAAAGGAUAUGAUCAUGAUCAAAUAAAAGUUUCACCUCAAGUCACAACCAAAAUCAGUAAUGCUGCUGAAGUAGAAUUGAUUACUUUGGAAAACUUUUCAAAGCAUGAAAUAAUCAGAGAUGCUGCAAGAUUUUCAUUUGCUAGAUUUAUUCCUAUCUUAAAAAGUCAAAUCAAUGUUCAUUUGACUAAAUUGGUUAGUUUAUUCUUAGCUGCUAAUAAUUUAAGAAUAGUUGAAUUAUCUGAAUUCUUAAGUUUUGUUGGACAAAUUGUUCAUAAUUAUAAAAAUGAUGAGAACAUGUAUCAAUUAUUGAAUAAUCUUUUAACUCCAUUGGUUAAUAAGAUAUUUGAAAUUUUAUCAACAACUGUAACCGAUAAUCAACAUACUGCAUCAGAAAAGAAUCAACUUAAACGUGCAUUUAUGAAUUUCCUUAGUUCCAUUGUCAUUAAUAAUUCAUCUAGUUUGUUGGUUACUGAAACCAAUAAGCAAAAAUUCCCUGAUAUUGUCAACAGUCUUUUUGAUUUUGCAUAUGAUUUAGGUGAUGCAACAACUUCAAAGUUAGCCAUUACUCAACUUAUCAAUAUAGUUAAUAUAUUUGGUGAUAAAGGUAAAAUAAGUGAUAAGGAUGACAAAUAUGGUAAUACAUUACCAGCCAUCGAAGGUAUAGAGGAAUUUUUAAUGAGUAAAGUUUGUCAAGUUUCAUUUGAAUUACCAUUCCAAAAGCAAGAAUUUGAUUUGAAAGAUGCCCAAUAUAGAUUGAUGGGACAAGAAAUUGCGUUAUUGUUGAAGAGUUAUCAACAACGUAAGCCCGAUGAAUUCACAACUUAUUUAUCUGGUUAUUUAACCAACAUGGGAUUAUCCCAAGAAUUAAUGAGUGAAUUCUGUUCCAAUUUAGUCUCAUCAGAUAUCAAGCAAUUCAAAAAGUAUUUCAUUGGGUUCGUAACAAAGAUAAAAGGGAAAUGA